AUGGUUUCCUUCGAGAUGAAUGAUCGGAAAAAGAUCGGACUGGGAUUGACAGGAUUUGGCGUAUUUUUCUCAUUCUUGGGAAUGGUUUUUUUCUUUGACAAGGGAUUACUUGGAAUGGGAAAUAUCCUUUUCUUCUCAGGGGUGACUUUAACAAUUGGAUUUAAGUCCUCGCUGCAAUUCUUCAUGAAACGUCAAAAUUUUAAGGGGUCAAUUUCUUUUGGUGUUGGGUUCUUCUUUCUGCUCAUAGGGUGGCCAAUUGUGGGCAUGAUUUUGGAGGCAUAUGGUUUCAUUGUACUCUUCAGUGGCUUCUGGCCAACAUUGGCAGUUUUCCUGCAGAAGAUUCCAAUUAUGGGAUGGGUGCUUCAACAGCCAUAUAUUAGAUCGGUGUUUAAAGACACGAAUAUGGUUACACGACUUGUCAGAAGGGCUGAGAGGGCUGGUUACAGGGCAAUAGCCCUCACUGCUGACACUCCAAGGCUCGGGCGCAGGGACGCUGAUAUCAAGAACAGGUUUACUAUGCCACCAAGUUUAACAUUGAAAAACUUUGAAAAUUUGGAUCUUGGAAAGAUUGAUGAGACCAAUGAUUCUGGAUUAGCAUCAUAUGUUGCUGAACUAUUUGCCCGCUCUCUCAGUUGGAAGGGAUCUGUCAUUCGCUUUUCAGUAUUAAAAGCACUUGGCAUGGAUGUACUGAAGAUUUCUAUGAGUCCACCACAAGAAAUAGCAGAUGGAGUUUCAAUAUGGGAAUGGUCUGGUGCUGCCUUAAAUGAGGGAGCUGAUGCAUCAAAAUGGUUUUCGGACUAUCUUGGGAAACCUAGUCGACUUGUUCGCUUUAAUGCAGCUUCAGAAACUAGACCUGUGAAACCGUCCUUUUGGUCUCAUAAACCUGUGGAACCUGAAUAUGCUGGGGGGAAGCAAAUCAUGUUCUCCGACCUUUUUCCAUACUUGAUAGCGUCUCAGGCAUCAUUGGAUACACUAAAUGAGCAUCUGAAGGACCCUGUACCAAUUAACCGUUUCAGACCCAAGUACUUUUCUUCUUAUAUAGCAUCUCCUUAUAUUGUUUAA